AUGUUGAAGUUUGCAGUCAAGAGGAAACCGGUCGAGUUAUUUCACGAAGCGGUUGGUGUCAAGGACAUUUUCAGGGUGCAGUUUCUCCUUGAACAGAGCGAGUCACAAUUUCACGUCGAUGAUAUCGACGAAGAUGGCAUUACCGCUCUGCAAAGGUGUUCAUUUACGGGAAACUUAAAAUUAGUGCAACUGCUUGUGAGUCAUGGCGCUGAUCUUAACAUACAGGAUAAAGAGGGUUGGAGCGUUCUGCAUGCUGCUUCAGUAGCACGAAAUCAUUCCAUCAUCCGAUAUCUCAUAACCAUGGGCGCUCCAGUGGAGUUAGAGAACGACCAAGGGGAACUGGCGAUCGAUCUGGCGCAAGAUCUGCAAUCGGUUCUAAUUCUCGCCGAAGCUAUGCGAAGGAGAGGGAAAACUAGAGAAGUCGAGCAGUUCUUGAAAAGGAGACCCGAUAUAAGAGAGCUAAUAGAGGAAAAGGCGCAGCAAAGUGAUCUAACCAGUUUGAUAAAAGAGCCGCGCAAGAGAGCGACAAGCGAAAUCAUUUUACCUAAAAAUAUUUCGUCGGUUGAAUCGCAAAAAAGGCGCAGUUCCUUACAGCCAAAAGUUCCGACCGCAAAUGUCAAGAUGCGAGAUAAAGAUCAGGAAAGGUUAAUGGAUGUUUCAAGCUUCAGUGGGCCCAGCGGGGUUGAGUUACCCUCACAAGAUCAAGAUACACAUACCAAAAACCGACUGAGUUGGGACGUCGGUUGUAAGGACACGGUUUGCCUUAAAUGCGGAAAGCGCCGACGGGAAGUCUUCAAACGACAAUCGACAUCAUCUUUGUGUUCUAACUCAUCUGACUCAUCGAGUUCAUCCGAUUCCGCGUACAGUUCGACAUCGACAAAUUCUGCCGCGAAUGUGUACUCUUUCGAGAGGGGAAUAAUAUCUUCACCCAGGCAAAACAACGAUACAAGAGUGGAGAACUUUACUCAAGAUCGUAAACGUGCGUCGUCUGUUAACGUUUGCUUAGAUCCCGGAAAUCCUCCUAACCGCGAGUUUCCAACUAAUGCACAGUUUCAAUCACGGCGUAAUUCAUCCCCUGCCACGUACUUGCACAGUGAUCGAUAUAACACGUUUUACAGAGAAUCGAAAGCGGGUUUUACGAUUGCGAGUGCGAUCAGCCACCAAGUUACAAACGUGAACGAGUUGAAUAGUUAUGGCGUCUCACUCCUCCACGAAGCCGCAGCGAAAGGUGAUACGGAAGGAGUAAAAUUACUUCUGGAACAUGGCGCCGAAGUAAACAGGCAAUCUUUGAACGGAAGCAGUCCUAUCCACGAGGCUGUUAGAGAAGGAAAUGUUGUGACGGCUUCUAUAUUGAUCGAACACGGCGCGGAUUUAUUUUCUGAGACAGAUAACGGCUUGUUGCCAGUAGAUAUGGCCAAAGACAUUGAAAUCAAACGCUUCAUUGAAAAUGCGAUGGCUUUGAAAUAA